AUGUUAAAGGUCUUUCCUUACUUAGACGAUGAAGGUGCAGCUUCAACAGGCGUUACUGAAACGACAGAUUGUGUCAGAGAAUAUGUACAUCCAGAAAAUACAAAUUUGAAAUUCUGUGAUUUACCGGGCGUUGGUACUCCAAAUUUUCCGAAGGCAACUUAUUUGGAAAAAGUUAAUUAUGGGCAAUAUGACUUUUUUCUUAUUAUCAGUCGUACACGUUUUACAGAAAAUGAUUUAUGGUUAUCACAAGAAGUAAAACAGUAUGAAAAAUCUUUUUUCUUUGUACGUACGCAUGUAGAUAUAGAUCUCAUAAAUGAAGCAAGAGAUCAUCCAGCAACGUUCGAUACGGAAACAGUUUUAGAAAGAAUCAGAAAUAAUUCAUUGGAAUAUAUAAAAAAAGUUGAUCCCAAUGCAAAAGUUUUUGUUAUUUCUGGACUGUUAAGUCAAACAACAAAAUAUGAUUAUGGACUAAUGAUAGAAACACAGUUAAAAGAAUAUCCAGCUUAUAAGCGGCAAGCUGUGAUAUUAUCUAUGACAAUGAAUUGUCAAGGAGUUGCAGCUAUUCGAGUGCCCGGUUUAUCGUUUGUAGUCGAUCAAGGAAUUAUUAUCAAAGCUGUUGUAGAAUAUGAAAAGCAACUCGGCCUCGAUGAUAAAUCUUUGGAACGAAUCGCGACACUACAUACAAUUCCAUUGAAAGAAUUAAAAGAACAAAUUGGGAGAGUUUCAGUCUAUUUUUUGACUGACAUACAAAAGUUGGUGUUCAUGUUACUUCAGGGACAAGCAGUAGCUGGUGUAGCCGAAGAAUUCAGCCGAUAUAUUCCAAUUCUAGGAUCGGUUGUAGCUGCAGGAAUAUCAUUUAGUACGACAAUGCGUAUGCUGCAUGAAAUAUUGAAUGAUAUGGAAAAAUCGGCGCUUCUAUUAAUUUAUAUUAUCAAAGAACGUUCCGUGAGUUCUGUGAUCGUAUUAAUUUACGAUUGCUACAUUUAUAAUCUACACUGA